AUGUUCCAGCUCUCCUACAUCUAUUACAGGAAGCUCCAGGACCUCUACCUCACCAGCGAGGUCUACAACGGCUACGCCCACGCCGACGACAACUCGUACGACAACAACUACAAGAUCUCGCUCACCGACCCCGUGCCGAUGGACAACGGCAGCUACCCCUCCCUGACGGGCAUCACGGACCUGUUCCAGCAGGUGGAGAGCUACAUCAUGAGCGGGGACAUCCAGAAUGGCUACUUCCCCCCGAACUCGGGCGUCAACCGCACGGAAAAGGCCCUGAGGUCCUUCUCCAUGACGUCGCAGGGCAGCGGCUUCCUCACCCUUGGCUCCUCGUACUUCGACGCCUCCCUGGGCGUGCUGCAGUACACGCUGCCGAAUCUCGCCUCCAGCUUCCUGAACAGCGACCUCGACCGUAUCCUGGCGAGCGUGCUGCAGUCGGACGAGACCCUGGAGGACUGGACCUACAACGGGCUGCAGUACGAGUACAGUGCUUUCCAGAGCUACUCCUCCCUCGCGGACAACGCCCGGGGGGUGAUGCGGCAGACCAAGUGUCUCAACGUGAAAUUCAUCACGAAAGAGCCCGACGUCUCGCAGAACUUCAUCGACCCGGUGGUGCAGCUCUGUGCUAUCGACGGCUCCUGCCGCUCCGUGGACAUCUGCCCCUCCGCCCCGAGCUACGACGCGAGGACGGGCCAGAGCUGCGACCUGCUGCACGACUCGCUCAACGACAACUGCACCACCAAGUACGUCCACCUCAUGGAGUACCUGAGCGGGCAGGGCAUCGUGAUGCAGACGCACUGCAAGCAGGACCUCUUCGUCCGCGAUUUGUACACCAACCCCUCCCUCACCGUCCAGCAGGUCUCCAACAUCGACCUCCCGACGGCCAACCCCGCCGGCACCAUCUGCCUCCGCACGGACUCGACCUGCCUGCAGGACAAGGGGCUGGGCGGCGCUUCGAUCGACGUGAGCGCGGUGCGGUCCACCCUCGGCGUGGACGUCUACACCUUCUACCGCCCGAUGACCGACUACAGCGGCGACCCCAACUCUGACACCUUCUACGGCGAGCUCUACCAGAAGAACUCCACGGGCUGGUACCCGGCCUGGAUCGACUGCUACAACGUCUCGGGCCUGAACAAGUCGCGGCUGAUGUCCUGGACCGGCUGGGACCCUGCGCGGGUCGCCGCGGUGAAGGACACCCUUCUCGGGCGGGAGCAUGGCUACGGCUCCACCCCCGACCUCAGCGUGCUGGGCCGCGAGGCGGUGUGGAGCGACGCCUCCUACCGCCCCACGGGCUUCAGCUACCGCUGCGGGACGUCGUCCUGCGUGGGCAGCAACGGGGAGACGGUCCAGUGCCCCGGGGGGCUGUGCAACGUGGCGGUCCAGGGCGCCGCGGUCCACGCCGUGGCGGUGGCGCUGAGCAACAGCUCGGUCUACUUCUGCGCCAGCGGGGUGGCGGAGGCGCUGGUCCUGUGCCCCGCCCGCCUGACGAACGACAGCGUGCUGGUGGAGGUGAGGAACAACCUCUGGUACUGCAAGGCCGACUGCCAGCGCGCCGUGCUGCUCAAGUACAUCGGCAAGCACUCCUUCCGGUACAGGACGCUGGUGGAGGGCGUGCUGGGCUUCACCGCCUCGGACCGGAACCAGAUCGGGCUCAGCCCGACGAGCAACGCGGCCAACGGGUACUCGCAGAAGGACGCCUUCCGGCUGGUGCACUGGCUGGUCUCCAGGCAGGUGCUCGGGUCGGGCAAGGCCCUGCCGGGUGCCAUCUACAACAGCUUCUGGACGCCGCCCGACGGCUUCAGCUCCACCUACAUGUCGCGGCACUCGCUCUACCCGUACACGACCCUGACCCUCUACGACUACGUCAACUACGUCUCGCAGGCGGCCACGAUGCGGAGCCAGCCGCUCUCGACCUGCAUCAACCAGCCCGUCACGAUCAACAACUGCGACAACCAGCACACCACCAGCCUGGCCUCCUGUGUCUCCGCCCUGAAGCGCGCCUCGGCCUACACCGCCGGGCCGGGCGAGGCGGUGCUGGUCCGGCUGACGGCCCUGCAGCUCACCUCCCCGUACCUGAUGCACUGGGCCGACGCCAGCAGGCCCUCCCGUGACCAGUUCGUCGACUGGCUGCUGAGCCCCACCCGCUGCGCCGAGACCCUGCAGUCCGAGGCGGUGUGCUAA